AUGACGCCUCGCAUUCCUGCUGCCCCGCCAGAGGAAGUGGCGGGCGCGGCGGGAAGCAGGGACGCCAGCAGGUGGAGGAGGAGGAGGAGGAUUCAUCUGCCGGAGGAGGGUCUCCCCCAGCAGGAGAGCAAGCACAAAUCGAGACGCCAUAAAGGGGGGGUCGCUAGCAGGAGCAGCAGGGAAGGAAGCAGAAUCCGCUGCAGCAGAAACAAAGCAGCGGACACGCGUCCAGGUCGCCCGGCGGGAAGUGCACGAGGGGCGCCCACAGCAGGCACAGCAGGCGUCGAAGGGAGAACAGCAGGGACAGCAGCAGAAAGACAACCCCAGCGCAGCAGCAAUCGCAGGAGGAGAAGCAGUAGCAGAGGGCCCGACAGCAGGUCCCCCCAGCUGUAUUGGGACCAGCGGAAGCAGCAGCAGGGACAGAGGGAACGGCAGAACCCAGAUCGCGACCAGCGGAAGCAGCAGAAGCAGGCGCUGCAACCGCAACAGCAGAACCAAGGCCAACAGAAGCAGGAGCAGCAGCGGGCGCAGAGAGUCCCCCAGCAGAAGCCCAACAAACCUCGGGUCCUUCGUGGCCUUGAGACGGCCAGCUGA